AAUAGACUAUAGAUUCAUAAAGAGAAGGGCAAAUGAUCCCGUUUGGAUCUAUAUAAUUUGGCACAUCUUUAUCAUACGGCUGUGCUAGAAACGCCAUAUCAGUAAUAAAGAUUAGUGGCUGUAGCAUACAGCUGCCUGCUUCUGCAGUAGAUAACAUACGCACUGACGCAAGCCUUAGUAUUAUGAUAUUAUCCCAUACUCAGAUUAAUUCCCAUCACCAGUUGCCGAACUGCCAUUCUCCUAUAAAUGAUUCUAUCAGGAUGGAUCACCGCGUAAAAUCUAAUCUAGCCAUGGAAGCCUCGCUGUUCUACUACGUUGUCUUCUUCCUCUUCCUCUAUUUUCUUACCAGAAGGUUGCUCCAAAACAAAGGUCUCCCACCAAGCCCUGCUCUUUCCCUUCCCGUCAUAGGCCAUCUGCAUCUCAUAAAAAGGCCCCUCCAUCGCACCCUUGCUAAGCUUUCGAAGCAGCACAGUCCAAUUCUCUUCGUUCAUUUCGGGUCUCGCCCUGUCCUCGUCGUGUCUUCUCCGUCUGCUGCAGAAGAAUGUUUCACCAAAAACGACAUCGUAUUUGCAAACCGCCCUCGCCUGCUCGCUGGGAAACACCUUGGUUACAAUUAUAGUACUCUUCCCUGGGCCCCGUACGGCGACCACUGGAGAAACUUGAGGCGUGUGGCCGUUCUUGAACUCUUGUCAUCUAAUCGUGUUCAAAAGUAUCGCGGGAUACGAAUGGAUGAAAUCCGAUCUUUGAUUCUCAGGCUUUAUAGGAGGAGUUCAAAGGGUGGUGAGUUUCAGGUUGAGGAGAUGAAAUCGAUGUUUUUUGAGUUAACUCUUAAUGUUAUGAUGAGGAUGAUUGCUGGGAAGAGAUAUUAUGGAGAAGGAGAGGAAGAACUUGAGGAAGAAAGAAAGUUCAAAGAAAUUGUGACAGAGACCUUUGAAUUGAGUGGAGUCACAAGUAUUGGAGAUUUUCUACCGGUUUUGAAAUGGAUUGGAUUCAAUCAAAUUGACAAAAAGCUGAUAGCAUUACAGAGGAAGAGAGACGGAUUCAUGCAGAGCUUGAUUGAAGAACGUAGAAAAUUAACAAAUGAUUCAUAUUCUGGACAGAGCAGCAAAACAAUGGUUGAUGUUCUAUUAUCUUUGCAAGAAACUGAUCCUGAAUAUUAUACAGAUGAUAUCAUCAGAGGCAUGAUGCAAGUAUUGUUAUCAGCUGGAACAGAUACUUCAGCUGGGACCUUGGAGUGGGCUCUGUCACUUUUGCUAAACAAUCCAAAAACCCUUUCUAAAGCUCGGGAAGAAAUAGACAUGGAAAUUGGACAAAACAGGUUUAUGGAGGAAUCAGAUCUUGGUAGACUCCCAUACCUCCACGGCAUCAUUAAGGAGACGUUUAGGAUGUGCCCCGUAAGCCCAGUUUUGGUACCGCACGAGUCAUCCGAGGAAUGCACCGUGGGGGGGUUCUCUAUCCCGCGAGGCACAAUGCUGUUGGUAAACAUUUGGGCCAUUCAGAAUGAUCCAGGAUUAUGGGAAAAGGCUAGUGAAUUUAAGCCCGACAGGUUUGUAGGACCAGAGGCGGUAAAUAAUGGGUUCACGUUGUUGCCAUUUGGGACAGGCAGGAGGAGGUGUCCGGGAGAGAGCAUGGCAAUGGGGUUGAUUCCUUUGACAUUGGGAUCUCUGAUUCAGUGCUUUGAGUGGGAGAGAAUUGGUGAGGAGAUGGUGGAUAUGAGUGAAGGUAGUGGGCUAACCAUGCCCAAGGCUCAGCCCUUGGUUGUAAAAUGUAGGCCACGCCCAGCCAUGAUCAACCUCCUCUCUCAAAUUUAGUCUAUGAUGUUUUGUGUAAUCAUUUUAUUAUUUGUAUAAUUUUUUUCUUAAGGCAUAUUGAAAUGCCAUGAA